GACGACGACGAGGACACGAGGGUGGAAGAUGAGGACCCUCUAGCAGGGAAGGUCAUACGCAUGGAGCCCACCAUCGUGGAGACUUGGAGGGCGUAUUUCUCGGGCGAGGACGGGGACGACCCGAUGGACGGCGACGGCGCGGAUGGGCUUGACGGAGACGAGGCAAUGGAUGUGGAUGAAGAAGACAGGCCUCCUGAAGAGCAAGCCAGAAACGAAGUGUGGAAACCGUUUGCGUCGGAGCUCGACUGGCAAGUGGCUAAAUGGGUCGUUUGUGAGGAUGUAGGGCAGAACUCCCUGAACCGAUUCUUGAGCAUACCAGGAGUAAGC